AUGCGGGCCAAGAUGCGCCUCCUGGGCUUCAACGCCGAGGCGGUGAAGCCGCUGAACGAGGAGGCGGCCGCCGACCUGGGCGCCGAGCUGCUGGGCGAGGCCACCAUCUUCCUGCUGGCCUGCGGCUGCAUCGUGCUGGAGUACUGGCGCCAGCGGGCGCAGCAGCGCCGGCGGGAGCAGCAGCAGCGCGACGCGUGGGGCGAGAUGCGGGACGAGGUGGAGCGCCUGGGGCUGGCGCUGGAGGCGCUGCAGGCGCAGGUGCAGGCGGCGCCGCAGCAGAGCGCCCUGGACGAGCUGCGGGCGGAGAUACAAGACCUGCGCGCCCACAUCCGCCGCCAGGACAAGCCCAAGGAGCCCAGAGCCUGA